AUGAAUCUGCCUGCUCAACUGCUUCAUUCUCUUUCCUUCGAUAUCCACAAUCAGCCGACGAAUGUGCACAAUGAAGUGGCUCUAUGCACAAAGUUCAUCGAAAGUUAUACAGAAGAGGUGGCAGCAGACCUCGGUGAGAAAGGAGUAUCGGGGAAGUUGAUCGAAGCAAUCGCUACUAAAAGAAUCUGUUCUCUUUCGUGGAUCGGAUCAAGACCGCCAAGGAAAUGGUUUCAUCCAUUGUUGAGAAUUUGCCGUGUCCUUCUUCGAGAUAAACUUCUCAUUGACAGGUUCCACGAGUCGCAUUUGCAUUCGAAUUUUGUUCAGUUCUGUGAGUACAUCUCUACUCAAUAUUUCGCUCACGAUAACUCAUCCGAGUUCGCCCAAUCGGUCUCAACUCUAUUAAAUAUUCUGCAAAAAUUGUGCACAAAGAAAGAAUACGUGGAGUUGUUGGUGGAGUGUAAACUGUGUAAAUGUAUACUCGAAUUGCUCUCAAGCAGGGAUAUGAGCAUUUUGCAGGGAGCACUUGAGGUUCUCGGACGUCUCUCGGAUUUUUCGGCUCAAAGUAGAGUCGAACUGUGUGCAUCAACGGCCAUCGAUGUUUGCCUUCAAUUAGCCCCAUCUAGUGAUCUUCUUACGCAGAAGCUUUGCGUGAGUUUGUUGAGGAUUCUUUCAUGUGAGGAACAAGCGAGAGAACAGAUCAAAAUCUACGACGGAGUGCCGUUACUUGUUGGUCUGCUUUCCGUGAAAAACUGUCGCUUGCAAUGGCAUGUGGCAUGGUCAUUGGCACAACUGGCUGAAGAUAUCGAAACGGCGACAGAGAUCGCUACCCUUGGAGGCGUUUCUCUGGCACUCACUUUGCUACAUGUUGGAAAGGUCCCCGAAAGAGGCAUUGCUGAUUGGAUUGCAAUGAUGACCGGAGUUUGUGCUUUGCUUGCACAACUGUGCCAAUCUGAUCGAGUACAAUUGCAAAUCGUGAAUGGAAACGGGAUUUUCGUGCUCGGACACAUACUCCUUCUUCAUCUCAACUCAUCAACAUUGGCUGCGAAUCCGAACUACAAUACAUUGCAGUGCUCCGUUUUCCGAGUUCUUCGUUUGUUGUUCUCUCUGGAGCGAAAUCGUCAUUUUUUCAAAAAAGUGUUCGCGUCAGACUUCUUCGCAGCUUUUAUAGACGUCGGUCAUUAUGUGCAUGAUUUGUCUGCCUAUCAUUCACUUGUUGAACAUUAUAAUGCAGCUAUCUCAAUGCGAACCGUUGAAGAGAAUCGCGCCGAUUGGGAUGCGGUUAAUUUAAGGCGGGAUCCAAUAGGUACUGUUGGUGAGUACGAGUUGUUGGAACAGCUCGGCGCUGGAGCGUUUGGAUGUGUGUACACGGUGAGGAAAAGAUCAAAGGAUCUAGCUGCUGCACCGCAAUAUUUAGCUCUCAAAGAGAUUUACAUGAAUGCUAUGCAAUCGGAUUCCGAUGUUAACAAAAGCUUCGGGGACAUCAUUUCCGAAGUGAAAAUCAUCAAGCAGCAGCUUCGACAUCCAAAUAUCGUUCGAUAUCGAAAGAUUUUCGUUGAAUCUCAUCGACUUUAUAUUGUAAUGGAUCUCAUUGAAGGAGCUUCUUUGAAAGAGCACAUAAAUUCAACGAAAGAGAAACGAGAAAAGUUUGAUGAGGGAAGAGUUUGGAGUAUCACAAUUCAGUUAAUCCUUGCUCUUCGCUACCUACACAAAGAAAAGAGAAUCGUUCACAGAGAUCUUAAACCAAACAAUAUUAUGCUCACCGACAGCGAUCGAGUAGUAAUCACUGAUUUUGGACUUGCCAAACAAAAAGGAGCCGAUUAUUUAAAAUCAGCUGCUGGAACGAUUAUUUAUAGCUGCCCUGAAGUUGUACAGCACUUACCAUAUGGAGAAAAGGCGGAUAUUUGGUCAUUUGGCUGUUGUCUCUAUGAGGUUUGCUGCUUAAAACCAGCAUUUUAUUCUCAAAACAUGCUACAAUUGGCCACUCUAAUUGUUGAAGGGAAAUACGAUCCAAUUGAGGAAACAUAUUCAGAACAAAUUCGUGGUCUUGUAUCUUAUUGUCUGAAAACAUCACCAUCAGAACGUCCGGAUAUCGAUGGAGUGGCGGCUCUUGUCGCUCCGCGGCUCAUCCUUUGUCUUGAUGAAGUUUUUAGACGUCAUUCUCAAAACACCCAGGAAUCCUCUCAGCGAAUGUUUUCUUACACGGAAUUUGCCACUGGUAGCAAAAGGCCACCAUCUUCUUCACUAAACUCAUCAACGUCAUCAGCGGCCGGUGGUGGAAGUUCAGCGAGGAUCUUGUUACGCAGACGAAAAUCUCUUUCCGCUGAGGUGACACCACCGAAAAUUCCCUCCGGCUCUACACAAAACCCACCAACCGCUCUCAAAUUACCACCAAUCGUUGCUGGGAAUAUCGAUAAACCUAAAAGAGAGCUGAAGUCGUUAUCCGCGGGGAAUACAUCGAAAGGCCGUGUUCGUCUCCCACUUUCUACCACUCUUCCCACAAUUGCCCCUGCAGCGCCGACAAGACGCUUAACAGUUGCCGCGGUUCGAACUCACAAGAGAGCCUCUUCUUCGGGAGCGGUUGACAAAUCGGAUCCACUACUGACUCUUAGAUCCGGAGCUCUUCGUCCAACCGUCGAUCCAGUUGUCCAAAUUUUGGCGGCAAUACAGAGAAUUUUCCAAAUCAGUCAAUCAUCCAUUGACGGCUCAGCGUUGAGCUACAAAAAGCGAUUGGUGGAACAAUUUCAACGGAAUAUUUUCGGUCGAUCGAUCAAUCCGGGUGUGGCAAAGAGAGAGCUGAGAAAGUUGGUUCUUGAAGCAAAUGAAGAAGUGCCGCUCGAUCUCGGUUUUGCCGAUUUUCGUCCAGUUCUCACCGAUCUCCCAUUGCCGCCAGAGUUGAGCAUGGAUCGCAAAAUCACUCGGAUAACCUAUGAGCAAUUGGCCGCCUCUUCAACUACUGUCAAUAAGACUUCAACAACAACUCCAUCCACCCUCACAACCUCGCCAUCACCUCCGUUACCGCCAAUGGCUGUCAACAUUUCGGAAUGUGGGUGUGAUGUCCCGAAUCUCUACUUGGACGUUAUGUUCGUCGUCUCAACUGCUAAUGAUCUCAGCCAUGGUGAUGUGCAAGCGAUAGAGUUUUAUCUCGAAUCGGUGAUUCUCGAAAUGACACUUGGACAAGGAAUACAACAAGUCACGAGAAUCGGUUUGGUUGUUUAUUCGGAUAGCGCUCAAUUGGUUUUCCCGCUUUCAUCAUUUAAUAAUACUGAUGAUUUCUUUGCGAACUUUAACAUUCCAAUACCAGCUUCACCAAUGAAUCGAAAUAAUCUUUACGAGGGUUUAUUUCUCGCAAAAGCUGAGCUAGACAACAAUGUGAGGCAAGGAUUUCAACCAGUCAUUGUCAUCAUAACACAAACUUUUGAUCCAAUUGUUGAUCCAAGCAAAAUAGCGGCAAGCUUCAGACGAUAUGGUCGAAUCAUUACAAUUCAAUAUUUUGCUGAACAUGGCACAGACGCCGAUUUGAUUCCGCAAAUCACAGAGCUUGCCUCGACGAAUUACAAUCUCUCGAAUAGAAAUCGAACACUGCACGUCUCGCAGCUUCACGAUCUUUUUUGCGAAGCGAAUUGUUAUUGCCCAGCUUAUUGGCAAAUAUAUAAAAGAGAUCAUUUCGAAUCACCUACAAUGGGAUGUUAUAAAAUGGCCGCGGAUAACCGAUUCGUGACUUACUCUGAAGCACAAAGAACUUGUCGAAGUGACAACGGUGCUUUGGUUUCGCUUGAAGAUCUAGAAAAAGCGAAUUGGAUACAAACAAUGGAACAUGACAUUUAUGCGCAAUGGAUAGGGCUUGUCUGUGAUCGAGAUGCCCCAUUGCACACUUUUGUGGGAAAUGUGGAACUCGAGAGGGGACCAACUUAUCGAAUAGCCACAAAUGAUGAGGCAUUUCGUUUGAAUUUAGACACUGGACAGAUUUUUACGAGAGCUUCCCUCGAUCGAGAGACAACAUCCGUGCAUCAGUUGCUGCUAAUCUCGACGCUUCCAUCGAUCGUUCACAUCGAGAUCUUCAUCGACGAUGUCAACGACAAUGCUCCAUUGUUUUCAAGUCUAUCUCAAAAUGUGACGAUAGCAGAAUCGGCUCCGAUUGGCUCGAGGAUUCCGUUAACUCCAGCCGUUGAUCCAGAUUCGGGAAUCAAUGGCAAGAUUGUUGGCUAUGAAAUAACAGAUGGAGACUCGCAGGAACACUUCAAGAUAGUCUAUGAUCCAGAAGUUGACAAUGUCUUAAUGCUAGAGAUCAUAAAGCCACUUGAUCACGAGAAACAUCCACUGUUUACACUGACUCUCUCAGCAAAUGAUGGUGGCUUAAAUGCUAGAAGCAGCACAACGAAGCUUGAAAUAACGGUACUCGAUGUGAAUGAUAACACUCCACAAUUCGAUCAGAGUGAAUACAUGGCUAUUUGGAGUGGAAAUCUGAAAGACCCGAUCACUCGUCUAUCGACUCGGGAUGAAGACAGUGGACAGAAUGGAGUCGUUUCACUGGUCAUUCUUGGGCCAGCAACACAUCUUUUCACUUUUGAUUCCACUGGAAGACUAUUUGCAAAGGAGAACUGGAGAGCUUGUUGCGCUUCACAAAUCACCUGCGUUGAGUGCUCGAUUCCCGUGCGAGCUAUUGAUCACGGCAAUCCUCCACUUUCUUCGACCACUUCAAUCACCGUCAAAUUGAACGAAGGAAAGCCGGGUGAACAAGUCGAAAUACGAUUCAAGAUGUACCCACCGGGUGUCGAUUUCGCGUUGGUAGAAGAAGAGUCACGAGUGGGGAGAACGAUCGCUGUCGUUUCUGGUACAUUGAAAAUCGUGAACGGGAAUGAGAAUGGGAUUUUCUCUUUGAAAGGCUCACCAAAAUUGUCAUUACUUCGAUUGGAAAGAGACGCGAGUGCUGUCACUAAAGAUCAAUUUCUGCUCACUUUUCAAGCGAUUUCCAAUUCAGGGAACUAUUCAUCAAAGAAAACGCUUCAGAUCAAAGGCGCACCAGGAGCAACUUUUCGAAUCAUUAAAGGCGGAGAUGAUUUCGAGAUCGAUUCAGUCAACGGGAUUAUGGUUUCAAAGAAAGAUUUAUGGUUGAAAAGCAAUCGAGAAACAGAAAUCGAUGCUGAAGUGGAGACGAUUUGGCCUCCGCCAUCCAUUCAUCCAACAAACACAAGAAUCACAUUAAAAGUUUUGGAUGUGAAUAAUCACUCGCCAUUGAUUCAAACACGAAUCGAAAAUCUGCUCGUAUCUGAAGAUAGCCCUAUUGGAGAAACACUUAUCACUAUUUUAGCUAAAGAUCAAGAUUUGGGAAAAAAUGCACAAUUGGAGUACUUUCUACUCACCCCGACACCAGUUUUUAAAAUCGAAAAGCAAACAGGAAAGCUUAUUCUUUUGCAAGCAUUGGACUAUGAGAAAAGAAAAGAGUUUCUUCUUGAAAUGGAAAUUUGUGAUAUGGGAAAGCCAAGACUUUGUGCUAGAGAAAAGCUAAAUAUUUAUGUCAAAGAUGUGAACGAUAAUCCACCGAUUUUUCUCUGGCCAACUCAAUUCUUGGCAAUUCCGAGAACGAUCGAAAUCGACCAAAAAAACGCAGCUCGCUAUGAGAAACUCAGCGGACCUAUUGAAAUCGAUGAAUUUACCGGAGUAUUGACUCUCUCCUCCGAUCUAGAUCUUCACAUAAACUCUUCAAUCCCAUUUUCUGUAUUAGCUAUUUCACCAGAUGGUGUCAAGGAGUCACUUUUGAGAAUGAUUGAAAUCGAUUCUUCUCAAAAAACACCGAAAUUUCUACAACAAAAGCUAAACCUUUCUGUCACAUCACAAACGCCAAUUGGAGCCGAAUUGCAGAAGAUUGAAUUUGACGAAGAGGUUGCUCAUCUAUCAUUCUCAUCUGAUUGUGCUCAUUUAUGGGUGGAUGAGAGAACGAGAGUGAUCCGGACAAAAGCUCUCUUUGAUCUUCCACUUGAUCAAAUUCAAUGCUCGAUAAAAGCCAGUAAUGCUCAAGGUGGAUCAGACGAAAUGCAAUUGAUUUUAAACGUUGAUCAAAAGAUUGAGCCGACUGUGAAGUCACAUUUGAGAGUCGUUGUUGAAGAAAAUGUAUCAAUGGGUACUCGUAUUGGAAAUUUGAGCUCUUUCCAUUCAUCUCAUCUCAUCUUUUCAUUAGAUUCUCUCUCUAAAAACUCGCCGAUCGGAGUUUUUCCAACAGGUGAACUCUUCAUUCGUCGAUUGUUGGAUCGAGAAGAAAAUUCUUUCAUUUCACUUGCGGUUAUCGCUUCACAUAGCAGCAAAAGCAACAAAAGCAACAAAUGGAGAACAGAAGUGGAAAUACUUGUGGAAGAUGUAAACGAUAAUGCGCCAGAGUGUGAAGAGAAAAACGGUGAGCUACCAAAGUUCGCGGUGGAAUCGACGAAAUCACCGGGAUCGGAGAUCGGAGAAUUGGCGUGUCGAGAUAAAGAUCUCGGAUUGAAUGGCUAUGUUGUCUAUGAGCUUAUCGAUAAUAUCCCAUGGAUUGCGCUUGAUUUGCAUGGAAGGAUAUUUCUUUCGUCUCUGAUCCCAGCAAACGUCUCAGAAGUCACCGUAGCCUACUCUGUCGCGGAUUUGGCUCAUUUGGUGCCGAAUUCAAAAUCUACAUCUUUAAAGAGUUCAUGCAAAUUUGUUAUCGAAAUCGCAAGAGAAGCGUUAGAACCAAAAAUUGUCGUAAACCAGCAAAAGGCUGUUUCACCACUUCUUUUUCCAAAUGUUAAUUCAAAUACAGCACCAAUUUUCGAAAAAGUUCCUAAAGAAGUGCUGAUAGAAAAAUGGGAUCUUGUUGGGAAAAUGCUCUUUCAAAUACAAGUCACUUCUCUAGUUCCAGUCAAAUUCAACAGCUUAUCUCCAAAUUUCUAUGUGAACUCGAAGGGGAGCGUAAUUUUGAAUGAGAUUCCUGAAAGAAUCACUGAUCGAUUUCUUCUGAUCGAAGCCGAACAAAUAAACAAAGUGAAACAUGGAGAGCUUGUCGAGAGAAUUCAUUCACGUCUUUCGAUCCCAAUCCGCCUUGCAGAUUCCCCUUCCGACUCACAAAGCCUUUUUCCAACUUGUCAUAUUAAGGAGAACGUUAAAUAUUUGAGUGAAGUUUGGCCAGAGAUCGAAACAAAUGAAAAGAUUACUUUAUUGCAAAAGAUUCCUUCUGAUUGCCCGAUUGAGAAUAUUUCUGAUCGCUUGAGAGUUGUUGCCGCUUUAGAUCGAGAGAAAACUUCAGAGUGCCAGUUCUUUCUGAAAACGAUUGAUGAUCGUCAAGUGAUACAUCGAUUGUUGAAAGUUAUUGUCGAUGAUGAGAAUGAUAAUCGACCAAUUUGUGAUGGUUUGAGAACAUUCGUCGUCUCUCAACUGCCCACUGUAAUCCCAAUUCAAUGUCAUGAUCGAGAUUCAGCUGAAAAUGGAACCCUUCACUACUCAAUUCCACAAAUUGACGGAGUUCGCGUUCAACAAGAUGGUCAUUUGAUCGUUGAUCGACUUAUCGCUCCCCUAACUAAUAUUUCAAUUACAGUCACCGAUAUGGCUUUAACAAAUCCUCACUCAACAAUCAUUGAGAUUAAAAUGCUCAAUCUAUCAACGGAUUUUGAUCUCAUUUCUGAUUUUGAUCUUGAUCAAAUCCCGAUUUUACGAGCAAACCUUUCCACAUCACUUGGCACUCGCUUGGGAAAAAUUGAUUUGAAGGGGUUAAACGUGGCUGUAAGUGGAGCACCGGACGGAGGGCCAUUUAUAGAGAUCAAUGAAAAAGGAGAAAUGUUUCUCUCAAAGAAGCUCUCCUCUUAUCCCCAAUCUCUUCCGCAUAUUAUCACUUUUUACACUCAAAAAGCUAGAAAAGAUUUCACGUUGGAGUUAGUGGUGGAUGAUGAUGUGUUGAUGCCAGAAAAAUCCCAAGUUUUCUUUGUUUUAAACAAAAACACACCAAAAGGAUUUCGUUUGGGUAAACUAAACGAUAGAGAAUGCGAAUUUUCAACAACAAAUCCAUUCUUCAAGAUUCAUUCAAAAUCAGGAGUGAUUCAACUAACUAACGAUCUUCCAAAGGGAAAUCUCAUUGAUUUUAUGGUCGAUUUGGAAAGAAAAAAUGGAUUGCGAGCUCAAGUGAAAGUGAAUGUCGCGAUUGUCGGAAUCGAGCACUUUCCUCGAAAUAAUGAUGCUCAAUCUAGAGAAAGCUUUUUCUUUGUCCCAGAAAACUCUCCCUUUGGAACACCAGUUGGACAAUUAGCCCCGAAACAUUCCCAUUUUUACUCAUUAAUCUCUGGACAUGAAGAUUUUGUUAUUGAUCCAAAAACAGCAAUCAUUCGAACAAAGCGUUCAUUGGAUCGAGAGAUGAAUCCGAUCUUUUUCUUAUCAAUAAGAGAAACAAAUUCAUAUGGAUAUUCAACAGAAAAGAAUGUGACCGUAUUUGUUGAAGAUGAAAAUGAUUCAAUACCUACUUGUGUUAAAACAAAGUUCAAUGUUUCCGAAGAAACAAUUAGUGAAACAAUAAUUGGAAGAAUUCAAUGGAAUGAUGAAGAUUCAGAUACGUUUUUCAAUCCAACAAUUGUAGCAGGAGAUGAGGAGAAUCUUUUUGCAGUUUAUUCAAAUGGUGAUCUCAAACUUCUUGGAGAACUCGACUACGAGAAAAAGAAAGAGCAUCAUCUUUUAAUUAAACUCACCGAUGAUAGAUUGCCAUUUCCAAGUCAUUCAAUUGAAUGUCAAGUGAUUGUUCAAGUUGAAGAUAUUAAUGAUAAUUCACCAAUCUUCAUCAAACAAACAACAUUUAUUGCUAAAGAAACAGCGACUACUGGAGAGGUGAUCGGUUUGCUUACAACAAUGGACAAAGACAGUAAUAUAAAUGCUCAAGUGAAAUACAGAAGAGAUGGAUCAAUGAGUGAAAUGACAUACUCAAUCAUAUCCGGGAAUACAAGCCUUUUCUCAAUCGAGUCCGAUACUGGGAAACUUUUGUUACUGAAUGAUCUUGAUGCAGAGAUCAAUGCUUCUCAUGAGCUGAUUGUAGAGGUGAAAGAUGGUGGCUCUCCAAGACUCUCGGCAACGACAAGAGUCUUAAUUGAUGUGCUGAACAUAAACGACAACUCACCUCAAUUCUCACAGAAUUUCUAUCAAGCUACCGUUAAAGAAAAUGAUGCACUCAAUAGUCUCGUGCUUCAAGUUGAUGCUGAAGAUUGUGAUAACGAAGAUCAAAAUCUUUAUCAAAUCAUUGAUUGUGACGAAUGUGCUUUCAAAAUCAAUAGUACUGGAGCUCUACUUCUCAGCGAGUCGCUCGAAAGAGAUGGGCAUAAUGGGAAAAGUUCUUACAACUUUCGAAUCAGAGCUACAGAUACUGGACGGGUUUACAAGCGAUCAACGGAUGUAAAGAUUGAGAUUAAAAUUGAAGAUGUUAAUGAUAAUUCGCCAACGAUCUCUAAUCGACGGGUUGAUUACUUUAUUCCGAGCAUUGUGAAAGCUGGUGAUUUGGUAUUUUAUGUUGCUGCUGAUGAUUUGGAUGAAAACGAUCGCUUGAGAUUUAAACUUUUCGGGAAUGAUGCUGAUUUCUUUCAAAUCAAUCGACAGGGUCUUUUAUUUGCCAAAAAUGAUUUACCUCUAAAAACGGAAUUUUCAUUUGGGUGCACGGUAGUGGAUACUGUCGGGCAUAAAUCAAGCACUUCUUUCACUCUCUAUCCAACAAACAAUCCGAAUUUUCCCACAUUUACCCCAUUGUCUAAUGAUUACAUUAAAAUCUCGGAAAAUGUCAAGAGACAGAUCACGCAAGUCAAUGCCUCGGUAGCUAGAGAUUCAAAGAUUCCAAUCGAAUACAGCAUUGAGUCAUCGAAUGAACGACAUUUUUCUAUAGAUCCUAUGGGGAAUUUGAGAACCAAUGGUCUUGAUUUCGAGAAGGAGAGAAAUGUGACAGUGAUUGUGAGUGGAUGCACAAAAGAAUCCCCAUCACUUUGUGCACUCCUUCCAAUACAAAUUCAUCUAAACGAUCAAAAUGACAAUGCACCAAUCUUUGAAAAGCAACUUUACACAAUAAAUGUGAUGGAGAACUCGAAUUGCCGGGUUUUACUGACAGUAAAAGCCGUUGACAUAGAUGAUGGACAAAACUCAGAAAUAAUUUAUUCUCUACCCGAUCAAUUUAAACAUAAAUUUUCGAUCGAUCGUAAAAGUGGAGAGCUUUUUCUUCUUGUUCCAUUGGAUAGAGAAGAAAGAAAGAGAUACGAGUUAACUGUUACAGCCACCGAUCAAGGAGAACCACCAAGAAAUGGGACUACAUUAGUUCAAAUUGAAAUCUUAAAUGAAGACGAUAAUCCUCUUCGUUUUACACGGCUUGAUCAUGCAAGCAUUCCCGAAGAUUCGCCUAUUGGUAGUCAGACAUCAUAUUAUCGCCUUCGAGUGAGAGUCGAGGAUUUAGUGUGGUCUGUGGAGACAGCUGUCGCCAUUCAAAUCCUCGAUAUCAAUGAUAAUCACCCAACUUUCUAUAACAUUCCCACAAAAUGGAUUAUUAAAGAACAAGGUGAAUUCGGAAAAAUCAAUGCAACCGACGGGGAUUUUGGGGAGAACUCGCGUAUUCGCUAUUCUCUUCAACAAGCACCACCAUGUUUUUACAUUGAUCCUCUUUCCGGAUUGCUUUUUUUCAAUUGUCCCAUCGUUUUUCGAAAACCUGUUAACAUAACGAUUCGAGCUGAUGACCAUGGAAUUCCUAUCUUGAGCUCAUAUGUGACUGUUCCUGUGUUUUUUGAAGAUCAGAAGCCAGCUGCUCUAUCUGCAAAAUCAAAGCAAUUGAUAAAAAGAGAAAAAAGAAUCAAUGCAAUGCCACCAAUCGUUCUCGAAGCUCUCAAUUCUCAAGUGGUCCACUGCUUUUCAUGGGAGAAUCUCACAUUGGAGAAUUGCUCACAUCUCUACUCAAUCGGCUCUUGCAUUCAUUUUAGAGAGAAUUCGCAAGAAAUGCAACAAAUUGAAUGUGGAAUUCAGUUUUUGGAGUCAGCGAAUGAAUGGAGGACAACGAUUCGAACGAUUUCUCCAAGAAGCUGGGCAUCGACGCCAGAGAUUGCACCAAUGCAUUUUCAAAAUAUAUCAAUUUCAUCUCGGACUCUCCCAGGCACACUUUUGCCAGUCGAUAUUUCAAAGAAAAACAAUUCCCAUUGCAUUACAAACAACUCUAUUAUUCAAUUUUCUGAUGGUGAUUUCAUUUUGUUGAAAAAGCUAGAGAGCUCUCAGACGUCUGUUCAAAUCUAUUGUUGGAAUCGAAAUCGCGAAAUUUAUCGAUCUUCGCUUAGCUUGAACUUGAUAGCUGACGCUCCUCCACCAGUAUUUCACAAAAAAAUCUAUUUCUUUACGGCUUAUCUCGAUGAAAAUUUGCCAAUCAUUUUGAAUCGAUGGCAUUUCUAUACACCAAAAAACUGGAUGCUCACUGUGAAAGAAAUUGAAUAUAAAAAGCUAAUUUCCAUUGAUUCGGAGGGGACUUUAACAAUUUGUGGACGAAUGAGCGAAGGUUUGCACCGAGUGACUCUCGAGGUUCGAGAGUCACUCGAUGCAUCUUUUGUGGCAUCAAAAGCGCUGUUAACGAUCAAAAUUCUACCAGAUCCACUUCUAAACGAGAACUCGUUAUUUGGAUGGGUGAGAGAGAAACUCGAAAAGCAAACGAUCUUUCGUCUAAAUCCAUCUAAAGACGUUCGAUCAAUAGCACUAGAAAAUCCUAUUUACAAUACGCUCUUCAAUUUAUCUUCAAAUAAUGUCCUUUACUUGAAAAAGCCUGUCGAUGCUGAGAGUCGAUUGGCGUAUUUCGUGCCAAUAGUUGUGAGAACGAUGAAUGACUCAAAGCUUUACACAGCACGGAUUUAUGUCGAUGAUGACGUUGAACAUUUUCAACAACUUCACCAAAUGAAAACAAUAACGAUUUUCUCAAGUCGACUCUCAAGUCAAGGCCACAAAUCGACUCUAAUCGAUUCUUUACAUCCAGCAGACAAAAGCCUCUUCACUUGCACGCAAACACAAUUUGUGAAUUCGAAUUGCUCGUUGAUUCACCUCAAUGAAAAUAUGACAAUCUCUGUGGAAGCUCUAGAUGAAUUGAGUCAAAUAAAAAUCAAAUAUUCUGUAUUCAUUGUAAAUUUGCCUCAGGUAACUGAAAAACUUGAGAAAGCGAUAAUUUUGGAGGGAUUUGGUAGAAAGCGGGGACUAGCUUUGUGUCUGUCCAUGUUACAAGAGAAAUACCCUGAUAUGAAAUUUUCUUGGAUUUCUCUUGACUACAUCGGAUUCGAUCGUUUUACUUUGGUGUUAGAAGUAAGGGAUCGACUCGGGAAUAGCCUUUCUUCGAGUGACUCUCGAGCUCUUCUCGAAUCGUUUUUCAAGCGAAACCAAGAGAUCUUAGAGAUAUUUUUGAAGAAACUCUCAAUGGAUGAGUGUUUAAAUCGAUGUCCCUCAGAGACUCGUUGUACGCCGACGCUCAUCGAUCAACAUAAAGAGCACUCAUUGCGAUUUCAAAACACAAUCUUUCUCAUACCAGCCGCCUCACUUGAGAUCAAAUGUCUUUUAAUUUCUGAUCUAAAAAUAUCAGAAAAUAGGGUGAAUGAUUUGAAUAAAGAUCUUUCGAAUCAAAUCCUCCUCAACAAUGAUCUCACCGAUCUCGCUCCAAUUCAAAUCACGAAAAACGAUUGUCUCAAAAAUUGUGAAACAAAUAAAUGUUCUGAGAACGAGCCAUCAAAUUGUCGAAAGAAUCUAGCCACCAGCAAGGGAAAUGAGAAUAUGAGUUCAUUGAUGUGGGUAUACUUGGGGUUAGGCAUCACCUCAACAGUCGUCAUUUCAAUCGGAUUGGUUUCAAUCUGUUUGUAUCUUUCAAGAAAGCGCAAUUAUGCAAAAGAUCACACAAGGGAAAUUGUUUCACCGGGUUGGUGGUCUUCACCGGUGAGGAAUGAGAAUCGGAAAGAUGCGAAAGAGAUGUUUCAAGCUGUAAAUAAAGGCCUUGUAUACAGUGGCCGAACAACGCCCGAUAGUAUCACAUACGCAAGAGCUGCUCCAAUAGAUGAACCGAUA